GUCGUCACAAGUCAAAAUUAUUACAAAUAACAUGUCACGAAAAGCAAGACAAUCUUUUACAAUUUUAUACACUUAAUUUUAAAUAAGUUUUUUAAUGAAAAGGAGUUAUAAUCUUCUGCAACAUGGCGAGGACAUCAACAUCGUUAAUAUAUAGGAUAAUUUCAUUAAUAUUAUUAAUUUUCUUAUAUGAAACGAUUGGGGAAGAAAAUUUGUAUCAUUCAAGUGGGGGUACCGCAAGUUGGGUAAAUACUUACAAAGAGUGUGGUGGUAAAAGACAAUCCCCGAUAAGUUUACCAUCCGCGGCGAAAGCCAAAGCUCAAGAAAAAUUCCCCAAAUUUGAAAGAAAUAACAUGUACGAUUCAAUCCCUGAUUUCUACAAGUUAACCAAGAAUUACCACACAAUUCAAAUGGAACCAAGAUUUGGAAGCGGGGAUAGACCUAAUUUUACCGGUGGACCACUUCACAACACAUACAUUUUGGAGCAACUUCACUUUCAUUGGGCCGCUGAAGAUGAGGAUGGAUGCGAACACAGCGUCGACGGGCGCAAAGCCUCAAUGGAAGCCCACGCGGUUCAUUUUAAUUCGAAAUAUAACAACAUCGGUGAUGCUUUAUCUAAAAGUGAUGGUCUUGUAGUUGUUGCUUAUUUCUACAACGCUUCAGAUGACGUAAAAAAUUCAGCAAUGGACGCAUUAACAAAUUCAUUCGCCUACAUCUAUGGUGGUAAAACAAACGUUACAAAAAAAACAAAAAGAUUUCCAAUAUCCAAAUUAAUCCCCGAGAUUCAUCAUGGUUACCUAACUUAUCCAGGAUCGUUAACCACCCCGCCUUGCUCUGAAAGCGUGACUUGGAUAGUAUACGAAACCCCAAUUCCGAUUUCGCAUAAAAAUAUAGGACGUUUCAGGGAAUUUUACAAAAUAAAUCCGUACCUUAAAAAUAAUUUUAGACCUUUACAAGAACUUAAUGAUCGCGUCAUUAUUGGAAGACCGUAACGCAACGAGAAAAUAAUAAAACUGUAAUUUUGAUUGAAG